GGCUGGCGCCCGAGGUCUCAGGCAGCCGAUCGGCUCGUCCAAUCGUUCGCCACGUGUCCUGUUUGUGUCCCCUCCCUACCUCCCCAUCUCCCUCUUCGUCUGCUUCCUCCUUCGACGUCGAAGAGGACGAUAACUGUCUAGCCCCCCCCUCUCCUUUGUCAGCAACUCCGUCCUCGCCUCCAUUGCCAUGAGCUUUUCGGUGGAGCAGCCAAUUAGUGCGCAGUUGACGACCCCAAGGGGGCGAGUUGCGAUAAUCCGGCAAGUACAACGGCCCCAACUCAGCCCUGACCUUCUUCGAUUUGCGGCCUUCUUCAGCACGGCAGCGAUCCACGCGGCAACCGAGUUUCGAUUUGCGCAGGCGGGAGCGACACUUGUACUGGCCGAGAUCUCGGCCUUUCGGCGCCUGUCUCUGUCCGGGGCCAGCCACGUCUCCAUCAUCAUCGUCUUCACCGUGGACGUCACCGCGAUACCUUCAGAGAUCCACGCAGACAUCUUCCGCACCUUGAGGGCUUGGGGAGAAGAAGUUGCGGCCGCGUGGACGGCGCUCCUGGCUUGUCGGGGAGACACGAUCGGAGAGCUGCUAGGCAUAGUGCUUGGCAAGGUGGAGGAGGGAAAUCUCGCCCUCAUCACGAGCGAGCUACUGGUGUUCUUGGCGCAGCUAGUGGACGAUCUGCCUCUUGACAUCCUAUCAAGGUGCGACAGCAAGCCCGACCCUGACGUACUCCCCCGCACGCUUACGGCUCAUCUACUGUGGUCCACGUGCACGGAGUUGGAUGUGGACAACUGUCUUUACCUGUCCCAGGAUCUCUACCUGGAAAUCAACUUGACCGAUCUUGUGCUGUGGGACCCCGUCAUCCGGCGAGCAAACGCGUGGGCCGCCGCCAACGAAGACGAAGACGACGACGACGACGACGACGACGACGACGACGACGACGACGAAGAGAAAGAAGAAGAAGAAGAAGAAGAAGAAGAAGAAUCGCGCACGGAUCCGGAUGAUUCCGACUAUCUCGGUAAAGAAGAGACUGAGGAAGAAUUAGAGGAAGAGGAAGAGGAGGAAGACGAAGAAGAGGAGGAGAGCGAGCCCGAAGAAGCAGGUGAUCGGCCUAGGCAAAGUGAGGAAGAAAGAGAGGCCGAAGCGCAGAGACGACGAGAAAAGGCGGAAGGCAAGCGACCGAUCAAGGAAGGCCCCCCGCAUGAGCUGCUGUUGGGAGACCCGUCGCUCAAUCCGGAGCCGCCGCGCGAGGAGCCCGAAGACGAUGGAGCUGCCGCCGAGGGAUCGGGGAGCCGCCGCCGCAGGAGGAGUGAAUCGUCAGCUUCAUCCCUUUCCCCACCCCGCCAUACCCUUCGCCUUCGUAGAGAUGCGGGCGAUUGGGCUUCGUCCCCGGUCAUUAUCCCGCCAUCCCCAUGAUUACAUGAUGGUCCGCCAACUCCCAGGACGACCUCCUUUUCCCGAUGAAUGGUGUCCUUUCCCGCCCACCCUCUUCCAUCAACUCUACGCCACGCGUCUCCAGAUCACCAUCGUCCCACACUGAGCACACUCUACCACUCACUCCCUUGUCGAUUCCUUCCUUCUCCACAUCCUUCUCUUUAGCAUGAACUAGCGGGAAUAAAAUAACAUAGAAGUU